AUGAAGGCAUUUUUCUCCAACAUAGUUUUCAAGGAAACCAUAAUCCUCUGCUUGUUCCAACAUUAUUUGUUGAUGGUCUUUGGAAGAACUCUUCUUCCUGUUCAAAAUCACCGUUUUCCUUUCCGCCAUUCUCUAGAAACAGAUAAAGCCGCUCUUCUAGCAUUCAAAAGGGUCAUCUCCGAUCCACAUUCUAUACUUGCAAACUGGAAUGAGAGCACUUAUGUAUGCCACUUCACCGGCGUCAAAUGUGACAAACGCAAUCUUCACCGUGUAGUGGUACUUAAUCUCAAUGAUUCUGGUCUUGUUGGUAUACUCUCACCCCUUAUUUCCAAUCUUACACAGCUAAGAAGAUUGGAGCUUGUUAAUAACCAUUUCUCUGGCUUUAUUCCAUCUGAAUUUUCUUUUCUUCGACAUCUUCGUGAUCUCAAGCUGGAUGGAAAUAACCUCAGUGGUCCAAUCCCAGAUUCAUUCUCUCAUCUUGCCAACCUUAUACUGCUUAUAAACUUGGACGUCGAAUACAACCAGCUAUCUGGUGAACUCCCUGCGGCCAUAGUAUCACGGCUAACAUAUGUUUUGUAUCUACACCUCUCAAACAAUAACAUGACCAGUCACGACGGUAACACCAAUUUAGAACCAUUCUUUACAGCCCUGUCAAACUGCACUCAGCUUCAGGAGCUUGAAUUAGGUGGAAUGAGCCUCGGAGGGAGCUUGCCUCCUUCCAUUGGAGGAAUUUCUACAAGUCUUGGGGUGAUGCUAUUGCAAGAAAAUCAGAUACAUGGAUCACUUCCACCUGAGAUGGGUCAUCUAUACAAUCUUGAACUGCUCAACUUGACUUUCAAUCACUUUAAUGGUACUUUUCCCGAUGAAAUUGGUCAGGCAUCAGGCUUGCAACAACUUUCUGCAUCAUAUAACUCUUUCUCAGGGGAAAUUCCGGCAACAUUAGGAAAGUUGUCUGGUCUGGGUCAGCUUGAUCUAUCAAAUAACAAAUUUUCAGGUAAGAUACCCGAAACUUUAGGAGAUCUAGAACAACUACGUAUGUUACUCCUCAACAACAACCUUCUAUGGGGACAAAUACCUCGAAGUUUAGGGAAAUGCAAAAGUAUGGACACGCUAGAUUUGGCUCAUAAUAAUCUCACAGGAAGCAUCCCAAGAGAAAUCCUAGGAAUGCAUGAGAUGAGGGGCUACUUGAAUCUCUCGCAUAAUCAGCUAGAAGGCAACUUGCCAAUUGAAUUGAGCUCACUUGAUAAGGUCCAAGAAAUUGAUCUUUCCUCGAACAGCCUCAACGGGACUAUAUUUCCCCAGAUUUCUGACUGCAUUGCUUUGCAGACAAUAAAUUUCUCAAAUAAUCAUCUUCAGGGUCCUCUUCCUGAUAAGUUAGGUGAUCUUCUGUACCUUGAAGUUCUAGAUGUGUCACAGAACGAGUUGUCAGGGACAAUACCAACAAGCUUGAACAAAAUCCAAACCCUCACUUUUAUGAAUUUCUCAUCCAACAAGUUUCAUGGUCCAAUUCCCACUGGUGGCAUAUUUGACGUUGCCACAAGUUUAUCAUUCCUUGGCAACCCUGAUCUUUGUGGAAAUAUUCCUGGAAAUGGUGGUGGGACUGAGAACAUGGGUAACUCCAUCACAGCUAACAUGUUAUGUGGAUCUAUUGGAUACAUUCCACCAGAUGAUCUAAGCUUGCCCAAAUAUGUCAAACAGCAGUACCAUAGACAGAUUGAGAAAAUAGUAGAUGCUUCAUUGAUGAGGGCUAUGAAGGUUGAGACCCCUGAAGUAAAGAAAAUGUGGGAGGUUGCAAUAGGAGAACUAAUUGAGUUGGGCAUCCUUUGCACCCAGGAUUCUCCCUCUGCCCGACCUACAAUGCUUGACGCUGCAGAUGAUCUGGAUCGCCUCAAGAAAUACCUUAAUGGGGAUACUACAGCAACAUUUGCCUCUUCUCUUGGAAUUUCAUCAUCCACUAUAAGUAGUGAUUGA